AGAUUAAUGUCUCAAUAAUAGGGUGGAGUUGUACUUUUCAGAUGAAAGAUUUUGGAGUUAGCCUUGAGUGUGAGACAGUAGAAACAGAUCUAUCCGUAACAUCAAACGAGCUUGCAAUUAAAAGUAGUGAUCCUAGUGCUUAUCUAUCUGGACACUGUGUCAUGGAAAGUUAUAUGCCUGUGUAUCAGCUAGCAUGGAAUCAUUACUGCUUUUCUCACCCAGACUACUUUUUGUUUAAUGGCCACCAAAGGAAACAAGCAGCAAUGAGGUUGAUUUUGUACCAAAAGUUAUUCGAAGAUUUUGUGCAGAGUUCUAUAGAUGCUGGAACAGAAGAUGAUAGUGACAUUGAUAUCUAUCAUGAGAAAUAUGCUGAGGAGGCUGCCUUGGCAGAACUAGAAGACGACAUGGAAUGGCCUUGGUAAAGGGCGAGGACUGGAGCAACGAGGGUGCAGCAAUCUUAAAUAUUGGUUUAGUUGGCUAU